AUUUGUACAGGCUAAGCGCGUCUUUGCGUUAUCUUUUUACACCUCUGCCGAUUUAAAUAAUGUAAUUACCAACAAGGUGCUUAGGCUUUGCAACAUUCAUCAUCUGGCUUGGCAUUAAGAUCGACACCAACAAAUUAAUAAGAAUGCUCUUGAUGUGGAAAUUGGCUAAAAUUCAGUUUGUUUUCGUGAUUUUGUGCGGAAUAUGGGUUGGAACAACACGGAGUGAAACCAGAUACUUGUCCAUGCCGGGACACGUAAGAGUGAAGAGAAAUACCACGUCAACAUGUCCCCCAUUUGAGCCUCCUUUAGACGAUUUAACCCAAGAAGAUUUCAUUUCCAAGUUAACACACAGCUGCCGAUACGAUCAUCUUUCCAGACCAUCCAGCAGUCUGCCUCUUCAAGUCACGUUCCAAAUUGAUGUCAAACAUAUUGAAAGUGUGGACAAUACUCAAUUUAAGACUCACUUGUUUGUUCAAAUGCACUUCAGAGAUGAACGGCUCAAUUUUGUAGAUUUAUCACCUAAUAGAGGAAAUGUGGUAGGCCAGGAAACGCUGAAGGACAAAAUAUGGGUUCCUCAUAUUUUUGUUAGAAAUGAAAAGUCUUCUAGUUUGAUGGGCUUGGAUCGAAAAGACGUCUUUAUUCAAAUUACUCCGUCUGGGGACGUAUCGUAUUCCUACAGAAUGACUACCACAUUUUACUGUUCGAUGAAUUUGAGAAAAUUUCCAUUCGAUCACCAAACUUGCCAGUUGAUUUGGUCCAGCUGGGCCUAUAAUGAAUCAAGUCUCGAGCUACAAUGGUCCAGAACUGAGCCUUAUAUAGUGUCAGAAACUUUACAACUGACAGAGUUUUCGUUGGUUGGCAUAUCUGUGGAUUAUGCAAAGUCGUCUAUAAGCAAUGCUUCUAGUAGCGGAUGGAAGGAAGCUUAUAGUACGUUGGUUUUCACACUACAAUUGAAAAGGGAAGCUGGGUAUUACAUUUUAGAAUACUUCUUACCUUCCAUAUUUUUGGUAGCCAUGUCAUGGGUUUCCUUCUGGAUACAAGCUGAUGCUGCGCCUGCCCGAACAGUCUUAGGUACAUCGACUAUGCUCUCAUUUAUUACCCUCAAUGGAAACUUGAUGAAGAACCUGCCUAAAGUAUCUUAUGUGAAAGCCAGCGAGAUUUGGUUUUUUGGAGGCGCCGCAUUUAUAUUUUGUUCGCUGGCAGAGUUUGCUUUUGUUAACGUAAUUUGGAGGCGCAAAAAAAAGUUGGAGCUUGCCAAACAUAGCAGCAAAUACAUUAUUAAAGGCGCCCUAUCUCCAAGACUGGCAAGGAAGGAUUUGAGGAAAUCAGAGUCAUUCUCUAGCUUCGACUCAAAACACACUGGAACAUAUCUCACUGUUCAUGGUUCAUCAAAUUCCUUGAACGUGCCAACAAUUAAUAUGCCAGUUAACGGAGAAAACAAAGCUCCAGAUUCGAGCCCUCCAACUCCCACUCAAGAGCAACAAACUUGGGCGGAAAUGACUCCUCAUGAAGUCGCAAUCUGGAUCGAUCGUAAAGCUAGAAUUGUCUUUCCGAUUAUGUUUGCAAUCUACAAUUUGUUCUACUGGGGAUAUGUCUACCUAUUGUAAUAGAGAAUAUUUUAUUGCCGCGUAAAGCCAUCAAAAAGUCUCGAAAAGCACUUUUCAUGUAUUAGGGAAUAAUAACACAUUUUUUCAAUAUUUGCUUGACGCAUAACCUUACUGAAAUAAUAAAUUCGUUCAAGAGAAUUGCUAUUUUGGGGCUAGUAAAGAGAUUGAAAACAACUCAAAAUUGUAAACAAAAAACACUUUUCUGCCGCCAUCACCAUUCAGACGAGGAAACUAUCCGAUUUCAAAUAUUUUUGAGUAAUGUAAUACUGUAAGGUUUCUUCUGAAUUAGUCAAUUACUAUUCGCUUUUAUACUUUAACAUGCUUCUAAAACAAAAUCUUUAGAAGAAGUUCUUGUAUUUAUUAAUCGUUUCUACUCUUUCGUUUAUCAAAGCUAUUUUCGACAAAAAAAGUGGAAAUGAAUGUUUUAAUUGAAUUGCUGCACAGUCUUCUAACCCAGAUAAAAUAUGCUUCUUAACCUACUCUAGACUGUAUCUUAUUAUAAAUAUACUCUGUUUUCCACAGAUGCUUCUCUGCACUGUAAUUUUUUAAAACUACUAACGAUGUUAACAUUUUUGUCGUAAUAUUCAAUACGAGCAAAUAUGCAAAUAUAUUAUUCUAGAUCUGGUUUCGUUGAGAGAUAAGCAGAUUAUAUCAAGGUACUAACUGAACAAAAAAUGAUUAUUUCCUUAAUUUAUUAUUCUGCUGUUAGUAAAUACAACGCUAAGCCUUCUUUACAAUUUUUCGAGACUAUACUUCAAAUCACCUUAUCUAACACAGCAUCUUCAUAACUUUUUAAAUCUCCCUCUCUAUAAAUCUUUUAGAACAAAUAGCGGAUAUCAUCAGUUGAAUGCUAAAGUUCUAUAUAAAGUCAACUUAGUAAAUUUCGGAAUAGUUAAAUUUGAUUAGAAUCAUUUCAACAAAGGUAAAAUUGAACUGUUUUAUGUACAUACAAGAAAUAUGAUAGAUGAUCUGAUAAAAUAGUAUGGCAUUAUUUUAGAUUAGAACAUUAUGUGAUAUAUUCUAAGCAACUUUGUACAUAUUUAUUUACUGUUCUUAUCUUAGCCCGGAAACUUUUAUAUUUCUCACAAUUAAUUAUGGAUGCUCUAUUGAGCUUGUUGAUAAUAAACAGAUUUGAAUAACC